AUCAGACCCGCUCCGUGCCGGGAUAGAGGUACGUCACACACCCCUCAAACCCCGAAACCCCGCAUCCGACCGCCGAUAAGCAACCCCACCCGUCAUCAGCCUCCGUUCGCUCCCCCGGAAGACCAAGUUCCUCGUCUCUCCGACUACAAGACAAGACUUAUGAAACCAUCGAAACUCACUUGAACAUCUCCGACGCAGAGUCUACAGAUCACGACCCCUUCCACCAUCCCAAAUCUCUCAGAAAUGGCCCCCUCCUUCCACAUCACAUCCGCAAACCCAACCCUCCACUGGUCCAGCAAAACCCCUCCCCUCCUCACCGUCCCCCAAAAUCAGCCCGUAACCUUUGACCUCCACGACUCCUCUGGCGGUCAAAUAACACCAACCACAACACCAACCUCCCUCGCGACCCUAAAUCUCGCAACCUUUGACCCAAUCCACGGCCCCGUCGCCAUCACCGGCGCAUCCCCGGGCUCCGUCCUCGAAAUCGAAUUUCUCUCCCUCAAACCGCCUAAGGGCUGGGGCUGGACCGCAAUCCUCCCAGGCUUCGGACUAUUAGCAGAUGAAUUCCCUAAUCAUGUCAUUAAACACUUCCACUGGGACGCCGACGCGACGCAUAUUGUGUUUAGACCAGGCAUCAAGAUCCCGCUGCGUCCGUUUUUAGGCAUAGCGGGGGUAGCGCCGGCUGAAGCAGGUCCCUUCCCGACGAUCCCGCCGCUGGAGACGGGCGGGAACAUAGAUUGUAAACACAUUACGGCCGGUACGAAACUCUACCUCCCCAUCCGCGUCCCAGGGGCGAAUUUCUCGUGCGGGGACGGGCAUGCCGCCCAAGGGGAUGGGGAGGUCUGCGGUACGGCGAUCGAGACGCCCAUGAAAGCUACGUUGCGGUUCACGGUGCGGGAGGAAAUGCCGUAUGUUACGAGUCCGCAGUAUGAUACGCGGGGGUCGGUGCAUGCUCGCGGCCAUAAGGCGGAGGAUGGUGGUGUGUAUGCGGUGCUGGGGAUUGAUUCUGACUUGUUGGAGGCGAGUAGGAAAGCGUUGAGGAGUUUACUUGCGUAUCUUACUGCUGAGAGGGGGCUUGAGAGGGAGGAGGCGUAUAUGCUGUGCAGCAUCGCGGCUGAUUUGAAGAUUGCGGAGAUUGUUGAUAUGCCGAAUUUUGCGGUGUCUGCGAGUAUUCCUUAUUCUAUAUUUGAGGAGGAGUCUUGAAUCUACCCAAGCAUUUUUACAUGAAGAUUCUGACAACUGUAUU